GUAAUUUUCCCGCCCUGGCUUCUGCGGCUCUGAAGCGAGUGGAAAGUCAACAAAGUACCCGAUUUCCUCCGAAUUUUAGUUGGAUCACUUUAUUUUACUCAGUCCCGUUUCAUUGAUUAAAGAUGCCUUGCUCGCAGGAAUGGAUCAACAACCCGCUGGGUGUUGUAGAGGCGAUGUUUGGUGAAACCCAAAACAACCCAGACUCAAAGUGGGAGGCAAAAGCUGUUGGUUUCUUUAAAGAGCAGCUUAAAGAAAAAGAUGCUCAAACCUCGAUCCCAUCUCUAAACCAUGUGCCGCUGCAUUACUUGAAGCCCAACAGUCUGGUGAAGUUUCGCUGUUUGAUCCAGGACAUGUUUGACCCUGAGUUUUACAUGGGUGUGUAUGAGACUGUGGACCCAUCUUCAAAAGCCAAGGUUUUAAAAUGCGGCAAGUACAGAGAUGUGGCUGACUCUGGGAUCGAUUUUAACUCAGAAAACACAGUAACUUCAGAGAGACAGACUUUCUACUGUGUGCCUAUCCCUGGAGAAAACCCUUGGGUCAAAGACUGUUACACCGCCUCAAGCCAAGCACGGGUCACUCCCUCCACAUCGUAUGCUCCGACUCGACAGAAACGCAGCUACGAAGAAGACGAAGGAGAUGCGAUGGACACACAACAAACUGGUCCUCAGACUGAACACUAUGGAAACGGUGACUGUAAAAGACAAGAGACUGAAGCUCCAUCAAAUCAAACCUCGACCACACCUCCUCUCGAUCUAAACUUCCCUUUACCUGGAGAGAAGGGCCCCUCCUGCCUCGUCAAAGUUUAUGAAGACUGGGACAAGUUUAAAGUCAACGACAUACUGGAGGUUUAUGGGAUCCUGUCUGUUAGCCCAGCCCUGAGUGCUCUGGCAGAUGAAAGGGAAAGCAGUGCCCUCCUGGACCCUGCGGACUCCAUGGAGACGGCAGAGGAGCAGAGGGUACACUGUCCCCCUGCCUCGCUCGUCCCACGCCUGCACAUGCUCCACGCCAGACCCCUGUGCCACAACAACCCUCUACUGCCCCCUGGAACAGCAGAGGACAACAGCACCUUUUUAUCCUCGACCCUCCCUGAGUUCCCCUCUGUUCGGGCCGAGCUAUUGUCGUAUUUCACUCACGUUCUUUUGGGAGACGCUCUGGCGGCAGAAUACCUCAUUCUCCACCUCAUCUCCACUGUUUACGCGCGGCGAGAUGUUUUGCCUUUGGGGAAGUUCACCCUGAAUCUGAGCGGCUGUCCCUCUGCGUCCCCUUACACUGAACGAUUGUAUCAGAUCAUACAGCAACUGGUGCCAUCUUCAUAUUACCUCCCCAUGAGCCUGCAGAACAUGAACCAGAUGCGGUUGGUCCCAAAGAAGGACUACACAGCCAAUCGUCUGGUGAGCGGAGCACUGCAGCUGUCCAAAAACACAUCACUCUUUCUGGACGAGACGAGGCUAGAACAAGGGCAGCUGGACACUACAGGUGUGAGGAACGUGACCGCACUAGGGAACCUGAUCUCGUGGCAGAAGGUUGAUUAUGACUUUAACUACCACCAGAUGGAGUUUCCCUGCAAUAUUAAUGUGCUCAUCUCCUCCGAAGGACGCUCUCUGCUACCGUCGGACUGCCAGGUGCCCCUCCAGCCUGCCGUUGCCCCCUCUCAGCUGGAGGAGACUGUGAAUGGUCUUCAUGUCCCUCAGACCUCCUCAGCUCAGAUAAACCGCUUCAGGACCUACCUCGGUCUGGCCCAGCUCCUGGACUACAACAUCUCUGAGGAAAUGACCAAGUGGGUGGAGGAUGACUUUGUGGACAUGAGGAAGGACGACCCUCAGAGUAUUUCAGCUGAAGACCUGCACAGGCUGCUGGUCGUGGCACGGCUGCUGUCUCUGUCUGUGGGAGUGACCGCUCUGAGCCGAGAGUCCUGGUCUAAAGCCAAACACCUUGAGACUCUGAGGAGGGGCCGCAUGGAGCAGUACAGGAGCGUCAACGGCAACGAGCCAUGAAUUCAACCACGGCAAUGAGAAGAUUAUGUUUAUAUAUGAUUUUGUU